UAAUUUGUAAUUAAUAUAGUUAAUUAUUUACAGCGUUUUCCCAAGAGUGCAAUGAAGCAACUAUGAGACGAUGCCGAAGGGAGGGGCUCAACGCCAUUGAUUCAUCGAAUCGUCCUGCGGGUGAUAUUAAAGAUCAAUGCGCAAAUUUACGGGAGAAUUUCGAUUGUGUUUUGUGGCAAACUUCCAUGUGUUCGGAUAAGGACGGUCAAGACGAUAACAGGGAUACCAUAGUCAGGAUGUGGCGCUACAUGCAAAGUUUUUGCGAAUCACAAGGCAGUUGGUACACGAAAACUUGUUUUCAGCGUGAUGACGUAAAACGAUGUGAAUCUCUGCUGCCUACAAGAGGAACGUCAGUCGAUCCGUCAUCUUGCAGGAGUUUCUCCAGUUUUCGCAAUUGUGUGACUGCCAUCGCACAGAUUGAUUGCUCCACUUCCGAUCAGAAAUUCUUGGGCACUUAUCUGAUGGAGAAAGGCCAGCAGAGAGCUUGGAACUGCCCGAGGGACCAGAACGAUCUGUACCCGGCGAGUGCCCCACUAUCCGACACUUUCUCUUUAUCAGAGGCCUCUUAUGGCCGCUGUUCGGAAUCAGCGAAAAGUGACCUUCAAGAGUGCCGUAAUCAGUUUUAUUCUACGCAGAAAGAAGCCCAAGAGCACAAUGACAGUGACAUGAGGCAUCACAUCACAUGCUGUGCCAUGGUUCGCUACGAGGAUUGUGUGCAACGCGGAAUCGAAGAGUAUUGCGGAGAUAGCCGGGGAAAAUCGGAGGCAAAGAGCAUAGUGGCCGACAUGAGGGAAAGAUUUCCCUACCAAAGCUGUGGAGACCACACAAUGACCGAAUGCUCUGCCGGAAACAAAAUGGCGGUUUCAUUAGUUGCUUGCAUGUUACUCAUAAUGAUUACUCAUUUUAUAAGUUCCAAAUGCAGCAGUAUGUAAACUGCAGUAGAAAAAUGUAGGAAUUGAGUCAUCCAGUAUAAUGAAAGAACUUUUCAUACCCAUUGAUUAAUGAAAACGAGGAUUUUAGAAGAUAAAAGUUCCAAGUGACAUUUUUGGAAAAUUCUCGGUGUACGAUCUUACUUUAACCUUAUUUAACUAUGUCAAUUGGAUUAAUUUUGCCAAGUCUUUAAAUUUCGGAAUUAUCAAAGGUACAAACAGGGCCUUAUUGUCACACGCCCUGUGUACAGUGUUCGAAGAGAUACUCAACGUCAUUUAUUUACAUUUAUUUUUAAACAUAUUUUCCCUUUAUCCUUCCACUAUUGAUUAAUAAAUAUUUGAUAUAGUUACGUUUUAUUUAAAAUAUUAAGAGUUUGAUUAAUUAUUAUUUACUUUAAAUGCACGAAAAUCUAUCAGUUCCUAUGAAUAAUAUGAUUAGAACCCGAUGUUCUUAUCUAUUUUUUUUAAAAAAAAUACUAUUAGUAUUCGAUAUAAGAGUCUUAAUUUAGAAUACCUUUAUUUCAAAAAGAGCUAAACAUUUUAAACAUUUAUAAAGUUUUUGCUAACAUUUUGAUUUUUCUUCUUCUUUUAAUUGAGACACUCUGAAUUUGAAAAUUAAAAAUGAAAUGAAAAUUAAAAAAUCCCAGCUAUCAUGGAUGAAAUAAUAGCUCUUUGUGCUUCUUCAUGGAAAUUAAUCGUAAACAUUAUGUUCUAAGGUCACAAAAUCUAAAAAAAGAAAGUUGAAGAGUUUUCUAUUCUUUCAUGUAAUUCACUAAAUCAAAUUUGUUUAAAGAAAUAAGUUUCAAUCUGUUCCUUUAAAGUACUUAAAGACUGGUCACAAAGAACAAGUAAAAAAAUAAAAAGCUACACACUAGAAUUUUGAAAAAAUAUAUUCCCCCCCCCUUUCUUUUUAUAUACAGUGAACAUUUUGUAAGUUUUGCUGCGUAGUAGUUCAACUCAGCUUAUUGAGGAGCAUUAGACAUUUUUUUAAUAUUUAUGUAUCAUGUUAUAUAAAUCAAGUUGUUGAUUUACUUCUUGUGGAUAAUUUAUUUAAAUAAAGGUAAAUCUCAUUAAUUUUUUUAAA